CCGCUUUCUAUAAAAGCACAGACAGACAGAAAGUAGGAUUGAUCAUCUGUCAUAGCCAACAGGUCAGAACAAGACGGGUUUACUGGAUAUAUCAGGGCUGGCACCACAUACCGGUAUUUAUACUGCUUGUCCCAGAGGGGUGUGUUCAUAAGGAGUAAAAAGCAGCUCAGUGCAAGAAGCCUCAGUGUGUGAUCUGAAGCGUUCCCGUGGUUUUCCUCUGAUUAUCUUCUAACAAGCACCAAAGAUGGAGCGGAUGGAGGAUGAGAAGCCGAAGAAGAAGCUGACAGUCUACCUUCUCUACUGUGUUUCAACAGCAGUCAUCGGUUCACUACAGUUUGGCUACAACACUGGGGUCAUCAAUGCGCCAGAGCAGAAACUGCGCAGGUUUUUCCAGAAUGUGUCUAUGGAGCGGUACGGGGAGCCUUUCAGCCAAGGAACAAACACCAUGGUGUGGAGUUUUUCUGUGGCCAUCUUCAGUGUGGGAGGCAUGAUCGGAUCCUUCUCUGUUGGAGCCAUGGUCAACAAAUUUGGCAGGCGCAAGUCCAUGUUGCUAAAUAAUAUCCUCGCUCUUAUUGGCGGUGGUCUGAUGGGCUUGUCGACCCUGAGUCGAUCUUUUGAGAUGGUCAUUGCCGGCCGCUUGGUCAUCGGUGUGUUCUGCGGUCUGUGCACGGGACUGACUCCCAUGUACGUGGGCGAGAUCGCUCCCACCGCUCUCCGAGGAGCUUUCGGCACUCUGCACCAGCUGGGUGUAGUGAUUGGUAUCCUGGUGGCACAGGUCUUUGGUCUCGAGUUUCUGCUGGGCUCAGACACUUUGUGGCCUCUGCUGCUGGCUCUGACCGCCCUGCCCGCCGUGUUGCAGAGCAUCAUGUUGCCCUUCUGCCCUGAAAGCCCCCGCUACCUGCUCAUUGUCCUCAACCAGGAAGAGGAGGCAAGAAAAGCACUGGUGCGCCUGCGGGGCUGUGAAGAUGUGAGCGACGAUAUUGAAGAGAUGAAGGAAGAAGGGAUGAAGAUGGCCAUGGAAAAGAAAGUGACCAUCCCUGAACUCUUCCGCUCCCCAAAAUAUCGUCAACCAAUCAUUAUCGCUAUCGUCCUCCAGCUCUCUCAGCAGCUGUCUGGCAUCAACGCUGUCUUUUACUACUCCACAGGCCUAUUUGACACUGCCGGUGUAACUCAACCCAUCUACGCUACUAUCGGAGCUGGAGUCGUCAACACUGUGUUUACUGUUGUCUCUCUCUUCCUAGUUGAAAGGGCGGGGCGAAGGACGCUGCACCUGAUUGGACUGGCUGGAAUGGCCAUUUGUGCCCUCGUUAUGACAAUCUCGCUCUCUUUAGUGGUAAGUUCAUGUUCUUUGAGCUUUUUGCCUGCGAAAAUAAAACGUCUCCCUAAUGUUCCCUCAUUACAAUACUCUUUUCUCUCUGUUUCUCUCUCCGAGCAGCAGACCACACCGUCUCUAAGCUACCUGGCCAUUGUGGCUGUGUUAGGCUUUGUUGCCAGUUUUGAGAUGGGUCCAGGUCCCAUUCCUUGGUUCAUCGUGGCUGAGCUCUUCUCCCAGGGGCCCCGACCUGCUGCCAUGGCCGUGUCUGGUUUCUCCAACUGGACCGCCAACUUCCUGGUGGGGCUUGGUUUCCCUAAACUGGAGGAAAUCUGUGGCCCGUACGUCUUUAUCAUUUUCACAGUCCUCCUCAUUUUGUUCUUCAUCUUCACCUUCCUGCGAGUGCCUGAAACCAAAGGAAGAACCUUUGACGACAUUGCUCAGGGAUUCGCUGCCAGUACAGGGAAACCCACCCUCUCCCCGGUGCCUGAGUCGGUGGUUGUCGGCCUGCCAGACAGCAAAGAACCUGCACCAAUGUCUCCCACAGAAAAGGUUCCCAUGGUGGAUCUUCCCUCAGGGAAACCAUGAGCAUCUUUAGAAAAAAGAAUGAAGCCUUAGGGUAUAAUGCAGACAAACAGGUUCCAAGCACAUAGAUACUGUAAGGAGUUAUAUUUCAUAACUCACACAAGAGCAGCGAGGAUGUGUUUAGAAAAAGCCAACUCAGUGUAUUAAUGCAGAAAUGAGAUUUUAGUUUUUUAUUGUAUGUUUUUAAUGUGCCUUUUUUCAAUUAAAUUGUGUUUUUAAUGAUUCCCCACUUACAAAUGCUAAAAUAAUUGACAGAAAUCCCUGUAAUCCUGCUUUAAACAUGGGCCAAACUUAACAGAAUUAUCAUUACUUAAUAUGUGUUGACAUUCCCGGCGCCAGCUCCGUGCAUAUCGAUCCAUAUAAGAGGAUAAACAUAUGUUCAGUGCUAAGUCCCAGGUCUUCAGCUACCCCCCGUGUUAAAAGGUUGCAGGAUUUAAGGGGGGUUUAUGUAUUGAGGUCAAGCCCGAAAAGCCGGUUUUGGAGAGCAGUAGUUUGACCCAAAAAAGACUUGACUUGCUGUCCUGUCUGCCUGCCUGGUGUGCCUCGCUGCCAGGGGAAGGGAUCCAUGUUUUCUUGAGUAGACAGAAUAAACAUGGAGGUGCCGCAGCAGUCCCUCUCCUCUCUUGGGUGCAUAAAAAGCACUGACUAUAGAUUUAAAUAAGUAUAUUUAAGCACGUCUAAGCAGAAUAUGUAUGAUGCCGUCAUCUGAGAGCGGAGGAUGUUUGUGUUAAUGUAUGCUGUUUGAAGUCUGGAGUGUUUGCGCUGAUAAAGAAGUAACUCAAGGACAGUUCUGUAAAUCGGUGGUGUCUGCUCCACAUGUAUUGUUUUUUAUGAGGUGUAGUUUAGCACUGCCAAGUCUUAACAAAGUCUCAGUUUAAUGAUUUCACUGCAGGGUACAACCAGGAUGACAGAAAAAAGAUUGCUGUAGUGCAGUCAUUUACGUGGUGCAUCACAACAGUCGGAUACAAAAACUCAGGUGGCUAUUUGUGUUGUUCUAUAUGGCUUCUAACUGUUAGAGCAGAGAAAAUGCAUUUAUCCAUCACUUUACUUGAAACUCUUCUGUCAUCAACACGUAACUACAAGCUACUGCAUCACAGCUCAUGAAAUAAAAUAUCUCAUAAUCUCUAUAACAGUGUUACGUCAAAUCAAAAGCGCUCAUCAGUGUUAAACAGUCGUUUGAGGGACGUUUUGAAACACAUUCAAGUCUCCUGAUAAUUAAAUGAUAAAAAUCUCAAUCCAAUACAAGACACUAGCCAUGUGAGGCGGUGAUACGGAAUAACAACUCUAAAUUGAUUGUAUUUAUUUCAGUGGUUUACGCACAAAGAAAAUGUCUUAUCAUAUGUUUUUGUGUCCAAUUGUCUGAAAUCAUGUGUCUAUAUCGUAGAAUCUCCAGUUACUGCAUCAUGAUCAGCUAUCACAGCACAGUACACAUACUUAUAUAUGCGGCAUCAAUGUUUGUACAGCUGCAUCUUCUUCAUGAGGAAGCACUCUGGAGCUUCGCAGUGUUUCGUUUGCACUUUGGCAGUCUGACUACUUCCUAAUGACUGUUUUGUGUGUUUCAUGUGUGGAUCCCUGCUACAUGUAAAUACACUUGUAUGUGUUAGGAGAUCUGUGGUUUUAGUUGUGUUAGUAUAUUUGUUUUUCACAAUCCUCUUACUUCCACUGAUUUUCCUUUCCCUCUGGAAAUACUGUUACUGCCAGUGAAUGCCACGAUGUUGCUUUGCAGUUCUCCACAGUAUGCACAUCUUUAAUAUGUAUAUUUUGCUCUUUUGUUAUCUGUUUUUUGCGAGAAAACAGAAAUGAGAAGUGACGAAGGUUCAGUGUGUGUGGGAUGCAGAUAAGAGUUGACCUUUACUGUUGUUUUAUUAUAAAGUCCUCUCUUCUCCUGCUGUAAUAACAUGAGUGACACUUGCUUUGAGAAACUAAAAAGGAAGUAGAGUUGUCCAUCUCGAAAUGUGUGAAUGUGAAAUGUGUGUGUUGAAUUAUGAGCAUAAGCAGUUUUUUUCUUUUCUUUCUAUAAUGCCAUAAGUCAAAGCAAGUUUGUUGUGAUGAAUGUUUAAUGUAACUGCAGUCUUUGUGCUGAGGUGAAAGUGUGAGAGGUUUGUCCGGUAUCCAUUUCUACAUUGUGGCAACUCCAUUUCCUCGUCUGCACCACAGCAAAGCCUCGGUUAGCUGCUCAGUCACACACUGUAGAGCUAAGCAACUCUCUGAAACACUGAAAUAAAACCAUGACUUAAAAACCA